CUAUUUUUUUAGUGAAACGAAUAAGUAAUUAGUUUUUUCGUUAUUCAAAUUAAGUUGAUAUUUGAUGAUGAUGGUGGCCGAUCCUCAGGUUGGGAACCGAGUUGCACUGCAUGUAGUGUGGUUUGCAACCUCAGUAUGAUAAAAUAAUACAGCAAUCCCUCACCACACCAUCUCCACUAUUCUAAUCUUAGAAAGAACUUAACGAAUGGUCGAUGGUAAAUAAAUUGCAACUUGUUACUUUGUCUGUGGUCGCCUUUAUGACCGAAGAAACUGUGCGAAAUUACAAACGGCCCUGUUACUCUCACUCAACAACUUUUCUCUCCUGUGUCAUUUUUGUGACGUUUCAAAUUGAUUUCCAACAAAAACAGCUGAGCUCGAAGAUGUCUAAUCAUUUCUGUUUAACUUUUAUUGCUGUCGUGUCCGUGGCGCCUGCCGUUGCACUGGUGCAUUCGGGUUAAAAUAUUCGUGCAAUUCACAGGCAAAGAACCAGUUCUGUACUCGGGAAAAGCUGCUAGCAUAGAGCGAAAGUGCGCAAAUUUCCGUCAAGGUUGGUUAUGGGUUUGUCAGAAUUUCCGUAAUUGGCCACCACAAUAUGGUUUUAUAGUGAUUGAAGUGAUUUUUGUGAAGUGUCUGUUUUUAUUUUUAAAUUUCUUAUUGGAAUUCUCGUUCUCAAUUGAUUUUACCGAAAAAAUCGGGUAGAAACAACGUCGUACUGUUGGGCAAUUGGUGCACUCCCACGCUUUUUCAGGGGGAAACGGCUACGUCACCGUUGCCACCCUUGCGAAAUGGGUAGCCGCGUCUAACAGGCUUCAAUAUUAUCACUGACCAGAACUCGUAGGCGGAUAUGAAAACUGAAACGUUAGUGCUAACGAUAAGCUUUGUGUUAACGGCGCUCUAAUAAUACAAAUAAAAAAUGCAAAUUCUGAAAAUUUCUGCAGCAGAAAAGAUUUCAUGUUGUCCCGAAGUGUGAAAGUGAAUUAUGCCUAAUAAAAGUGCAGUGAAAAUCAAUAUAAAGUCGCAGUUCCGAAAGUGAUAAUUCCAUAAAAUGACAAAUUACGACAGCGACAUGAUAUCCUAUUCGAAUUCCUCGUCAGACGCGGAAGUACCGCCGAUCUCUAUGGAUAAAUUCUACCCGGCCUUGGUGCAGUGCUUCGGAAUUAUAAUUUGCGGAUAUUUGGCUGGUCGCUUAAAAAUCAUAUCGAAUGCAGAAACUAAGGGGCUUAACACUUACGUCGGAACAUUUGCACUACCAGCUCUUAUAUUUCAAUCAUUGGUUGAGCUAAAUUGGAGUACAGUAAACUGGAACUUUCUUCUAUCGAUUUUAAUAUCGAAAUCAGUCGUUUUUCUUGCUGUGAUUGUGAUAAGCCUUCUGGCAGCUAGACCUAUUAACUAUGGACGUGCAGGCCUCUUAGCUAUAUUUUGUACACAAAGUAAUGAUUUUGCUAUAGGAUAUCCGAUAGUUGAGGCACUUUACAAAAACAUACAUCCGGAGUAUGCAUCGUAUUUGUAUAUUUUAGCGCCAAUAUCAUUGGCGUUUCUGAAUCCCAUUGGCCUUAUACUGAUGGAGAUCGAAAAAAAGAGACAAGAAGCAAUUGAACAAAGAAAUAACAUGCCUAUAUGUCCCGAUGCUAAUCCCGAAAAUCGUAGUGCAUUACGAGGAAAACUAAUGGUUGUGGUGAAAAUAUUCGAAUCGAUCUUUUUCAAUCCUAUAAUGUUGAUGACAUUACUGGGUGUUAUCGGUGGUGUAAUAUUUCCCAAUGGCCUACCAGAAGUAAUUUCCAGUGUUCUAGAUGUGUUGGGAAGGUCUUUCUCGGCGACUGCCUUAUUCCUUCUAGGCCUAAGAAUAGUCGGAAAAGGGAGUGAAUUGAAAGGUUCUGGAUUUUUAAUGCCAGGGAUUUUAAUUAUUGUGAAAUUGCUAGUUUUACCUUUAGUGACCAGACAAACUGUGAACAUAAUGCAAGCUGGGGGAAAUUUUACGGAGACUACAGAAUUAAGUACGUUUGGCUUUUUAUAUGGGACCUUUCCAGCUGCACCUGGAGCGUUUGUUAUUGCUGCCCAAUAUAAUUUAGAUGUUGAUUUGAUUGCCAGCAGUAUGGUAGCCUGCACUUUUAUCAGUGCUCCAUUGAUGUUCAUUUCGGCGAAAAUGAUUUCACUCACGAACUUAAAUCCUGCCGACUACAUACAUGAACUGGAUCAAUUCUCUUUUGACAUUAGUGCAACUGGUGUUUUUGCUUGUUUUUGGGUUCUACUGAUUUUUACAACAACCAAGAAAAUUCGUUUGAUGCCACAUAGAAUCACUUCAUUUCUAGUACUAUCACAGUUAUUUUGCUGUAUUGGUGUAAUAUUGUGGUCUAAAGUGGAGAGCACAUCCAAAUGGGCAACGUUUGCACAAUUCUUUCUAUUCACAGUCGGGACCUACAGUAGUCGCCUUUGGACAGCGAUUUUAGCAAUAGCAUUGUUGUUUUUGCAAUGUCGCAGCCUAUGCUUUGUAUUAAAAUUGUGGCCAUACAUGAUAGCUGUUGCUUGGGGAUUUCCAUCGAUUCUUGCUACUAUAUUGAUACUAGUUGACGGAAAUCAUCUACCGCCAGGAAAACGUAAUCCUAGUUUUCAAUAUGGCAACGCUCAGGCAGCCAUUGCAGUAUUCUUGCUUGUAAUGUGCUUCAUUGUUACUGUUGGAUGUCUAGUUUUACAUCAGCGAUAUAAGAGACGCUUUGAGAAAUAUCUGACACUUUCUCGGGAAUUAUCUAAUCCAGAGUCUGAUAUUGUGGUGAACUCAACAUCAACAGCAAAUCUUCUAGCGAAUGCAGCUACGAACAACGAAGAAAAUGAAAUUAGGAAACGGUCAUACUCUUCAUCUGAUGAAGAUGAGAAUCCUAAAAGUGGGUGCCACAGCGCAGAAAAUUGUUGCUCUCAAACAUCACCAGCUACAACGGUUGUCGAUAUUGAAGACUUAUUAGAGAAACCAACCUCGCCUUAUACUGACCCAAACGUUGGAGGACGUGAUAUGUGUAGUUCAGCAUUUAGUUGUCCUACAUCAUCGCGAGAGAAUUGUCAGAGUCGUGUGCAGAGGUAUAAGGAUCAAGCGAGAUAUGCUUUAGAACCGUUGGAAUUCACAGAUGAUAUUGAUGAGCAUCAAACUUUAAAACACACAGUCCUUCUCAUAUUAUUACUGUGCUCUAUGUUUGUGGGUUUAGCGCUAUCUAUUUGGACUCUAGUGAUGGAAGGUAUGUCAGGGAUAUAUCUGGAACUGAGCUUCCUUGAUGCAUUCCUUAAUUUCGGGCAAAGCUUAAUUGUGUUGGCUGUAUUUAUAACUGAUACAGGCGAGUUGUUAUAUCCCAUCGUAAUAUUUUGGCGCAAAAUAUGGUACGGUGCGAACAUUUUGAAGCUACCGAAUUGGUCCGAACUCAGUCCUGAGACGAGACAUGUAUGUGAGCAAUUCCGUACACAUCAUCUAGAGAAUUGUAAGAAAGCCAUAGCCAAAGAUAAAAGGUGGCGUAUCAAAAUUUACAAAAAAGUAUUCUAUGGAAGCGAUUUGGUGAACUGGCUUAUAGAGGUCGGUCUAGCUAAAGAUCGACUAGAAGCAACAAAUUAUGCCAGCCGGUUGGUAGAUGGACGGGUUCUCCGACACAUCAACAGCGUUUAUCAUUUUCACGAUAAAAACUUGCUCUAUAUGUUUUGUAAUCGGAUUUAAUCUGAGAAUAGAGAUUAACUGAAAACUAACAGAUUAUGUGAUUUACGAAUCAGCCAUCGUAUCACUGAACUGUAAUAUGAAGACCCUUAUUUAUUUGUGAAUAUUUUAAGUAAAGGUAUCGUUGUAUAUAUAGAUACACAGUAUGUUCGGAGAAAGAGCUACUUUUCAACAUAACAACGCGCGGCACAAAUAUUUUUAUCGUCAAAGACAGAUUGUAUUAUAAAUUAUUCAAAAUAAAUUUAUAAUCGCA